ACGCUUCGUGAACUGCUUAAUUUUCUAUUUAAUUUGCGGCGGCGUCCUCCAAGUUUUUUCGUGAUGGGGUCAAAAAAGCACAAAAAACACAAAUCGGAACGCAAAGAGCGUGAAGCCCGAGAAAAAUCCUUCUGCCUCGACCGGCCGCCCAGCUUGAAACUUAUCCUGAAGGUGAGCGGGAACAGCUCGACGCCUGAACACGGAAACGAUUCCCCGGCGUACGGCAUCCAGUCCGACGGUGGCAGCACGACGCUGUUUACGAGCAGCAGCGAUUAUCCGGAGCGCCACAAGAAAUCGAAGAAGAAGAAAAAGAAGAAGGACCGCGAGAAGAAACACAAACAUCAUCAUAAGGAGAAACGCCACCGGCACCGCGGCGGAGAUGAUACGAGUCACGCCGACGAGGACGAUGAAGAGGAGGAAGACUUUAAUAGCUUGUGCGACGAAAACUCCCAAGCCGUGUUGCAUUAUCCGGUGGCCAGUUCGGCUGCGGUGGCUGCCGUAGCGGCCGUUGCGAGCUGCUCUCUAGCGGCACAACCCGUGACGAAACCACUGCUGCCGGAAGUGCUACUUUCACCGAAACGAGAACUGGAUGUAGGGCCCGAAUCAAUGUCGGUACCGACUCCGGAUCCAGAGCCCUCGACGUUGAUGGGAGGAUUCGUUUUAAAAGAGGAGCUUACCACGGCACCAAGCUCGGUAACGACCGAUGAGGGGCCACUGCAGAGCCCCGGGUCGAUGUUGUCUAGCUCGCGGCCGGGCAGUAAAAUCGAUUUCCACGACACGAGCUCAAGUCAGGCACCGAAAACACCAAACUCAGACUGUAGUGGUCGUGAACCGCGGACUUGUGUACUGAAGCUGAAGCAAAGUAGAUCCCCGUUGGCGAAACUGCUGGAUCAUCUUCUGAAAGCACUGGAGAAGCGUGAUCCGCAUCAGUUCUUUGCGUGGCCCGUUACUGACGACAUCGCGCCCGGAUACUCAUCGAUCAUCAUGAAACCGAUGGAUUUCUCGACAAUUCGGCAAAAGAUCGAUGAUAACGAGUACAACACCGUGUCUGAGUUUAGUGACGAUUUCAAGCUCAUGUGCGAGAACGCCAUCAAGUACAAUCACGCCGAGACGGUGUACCAUAAGGCGGCCAAGAAGCUGCUGCACGUCGGGGCUCGUCUGCUGCAGCCCGAAAAUCUAAUGCGCUCGUUGCGACCGCUCAUGACGUACAUGCGGGAGCUAACGGCGAAGGAACUUGGCUUCGAGUUGCCAUACGGAGUCGCGGAGGGACCGGAACAUGAUUAUGGCCACCAGCACCACACUGCGGAUUCGGCCGAUGAAGCGAUGGCUGCCGCCGUCGAUGAAGGUAUUAACGCACAGAUCGAAGAGGAGGAGAAACGGAAACAGAUCCGGUUGGAGAACAAUCCACAGACCAAGUUCGAACCAUUCGUCGAUGAUCUCACACCGGAUGAGGUACUGGCACAGGUCCAGAAUGCGGCACUGAACGCGAGGACGAAGCUACUAAAACGAAAGUCCGCCCAUCGGUUGGGAUUUCUGCGGCAGCACAAGGAUGGCACAACCUCGAUGAAGAUUCUGAUCGAUGGUGCGGCCGAAGGAAGUGAAGGUGGCCCCGAACGAACGGUAACACUCGGUGCUCACACGGGCAAGCUACAGUACGGUACCGGUCAGCUGCAAGGUUUCCGGGAGGAUCGAAGAAACAGCGCAAAGAUCGUGAAACCACUCAACUACGGUGCGUUUAGCUCGUUUGCACCGGUGUUCGAUUCACGGUUCGCUAACCUGAACAAAGAGGAAACGGAUAUGGUGCUCAACACGUACGGUUGUGAGACGGGAGCGGACUAUGCGGAGAGUAUUUUACGUUUCGCAAUGGACAGUCCAUUCGCGGCCGGAAUGGCACACAAUCUGCUGGAUGUAUUAACGAACGGAGAGCAUCGGCAAACGUACGGUAAGCUGUACGAGGCGCAUAUGCAGCGUGAGGAACGGAAAGCGGUACAGCAGACGUUCCCGGAACCGGACACCCCGGAAUCGGUUGCUGAAGAGGUGAAACGAUAUGCGAACGUAAAGAUCGAUUUCAAUAGUCUCCGAUCACUGGCGGCACUCGGUGUCGAUACGCAGUUUGUCGAUCAGCUCGAACGUGAUCUGAAGGGCAUUGAAACGCCGGGUCCGGUAUUGCAGAACUCGCUGAGCGAAAACUCUGAUCUGCUGCAAAAGCUACACCAGAUGCAAACGGAGCGAUUGUCGGCGCCAUUACCGCAGCAUCUUUCCCACAUUCAGCACCCGUCGGAGAGUGAGCUCGAGUUGGCGGGACAGAUUACGAGCAAUCUAACGAAAAUCGCUAAACAACUACCCCCGUCGGCACUCGCUCAACCACAGAGUUUGAGGAAAGCAAUGGGCGUUAGCACAGCUGGUUUGGAGGUCUUUCAACCAUCACCAGAAGCACAACCUUCAGUACCUGGAACGCAAACAGCACGACCCCCAGUGUCACAGCAAACGAACUGUAACGGAACGGAAACCACCAGCAUACCGACUACAACACCGAACGCUUCCAGUUCCAUUCCCGUUACAGCUACUCAAAGUUCAUCCGUUCCUCAAUCGGAUAUCGAUACGACACCGAUGGAUAUGGAUCUGGAACCGGAGCCGAUAUCUCAUCGGCACCAUCAGCAUCAUCCCCAUCCACACCAUUUGCCUCCACAGCAGCUCCAGCAUCAGCUACAGCGUCCGCAGCAACAGCAAUCGAUCGUUCAGUCCUCAUCCAACACGCCCAGUGUCGAUCUGGACAGUGAGCUUCGUGAGAUAUUGGGUGGAUCGGGCAUAAACUCGAACGGCGCUACCUCUACAGAUGGGACUGAAGCUUCCCAUGCUAGCUGUAUUGAACAGAUGUUAAUGGACUAGGAGCAGCAGCAGCAGCAGCAGCACCAGCGAUGGCAUUUUCUAUUUCCUUACGUUACGUCUAUACCUACGAGUGCUUGAUGGAGAAGAUGGUGAGAAGGAGAGAAGAGCGAAACGUUUAUAAAAAAGAGGGAUAUAGAGAGAGUGUUAACAAAAGUCAUAUAUUUUUGACAAAAGAAUCUAAAGCCAAUCAUCAUCCAAAACACAAAUCGAUCACCGCCGGCCGGCACUGAUUUCGUCGCGGGCCAGAUCGUCGUCCUUAUUGGAUUAGAGCCACGGAGAAGAAAGCAAAUGGUUUUCUUCCCUUCCACAUAAUUCCACAUUUUCUUAUAUCCCGUUGACGAUGUAAUUGAAAGUUUUUAUCGUAUUUUGUUCUCUUUUUGCAAGCAUAGAAGAUAAUAAAAACUCACACACC